CUUUUCUGUUGUUGUGUGUUGUUGAUUUGUUAAUGGGAGAAAGAGUUGAUCUUUCAUCGUCUGUAGUUAAUCAAUUGAUUGAUUAUAGAUUUUUAAUUGUGAUUAAUUGAAGAUAAACAAUUUCUUCCAGUAGAAAAUAAAUGCGAUGAUUAAAAUGACCUCUAGGGAGAAAGAAUGAAAUCUCUUUCAUUGAUGAACUGACAGUCGUAUGAAAGAGUCACUAUUCUGGAUGAAAUUCAUUAUUUAAGUGUUUUGUUUAUUUUGUAUUUUCUUUUUUUCUUCUUUAAUUUCGAUCAUUUUUAUUAAUUUAUUCUCUCAAUUAAUCAACUUUGUUCUACUAAACAUACGUUUUAGUAAUUAAAACCAUUUAAAUUGUGAUUGAUUUUCUUUCAACUGUUUUCUCCACUAAAAAAGAGAAGAACAAAAAACCAAAACAAAAAGUGUUCUCUUCUUCUUCUUCUUCUUCUAGUUUCUCUAACAUCUUUUUUAUCUUUCUCUAUCUUUACUCUCUCUCUCUCUCUCUCUAUCUAUCUUUCUUUCUCUGUUUCUGUUUCUCUUUCUCUAUCUAUCUCUUUGUCUUUUUUUUAUCUAAUUGUUUCUUUUUUUUCUUGUUUUCUAUUCUCUGUCUUAUUAUCUCUCUCUUUCAAUUGUGUUAAUCAUGGAAGCCAUUGCUAAGCAUGAUUUCAAUGCUACAGCUGAAGAUGAAUUAAGUUUCCGUAAAUUUGAUACUCUAAAAAUAUUAAACAUGGAGGAUGAUGUUAAUUGGUACCGAGCUGAAUUGGAGGGUCGAGAAGGCCUAAUUCCUAGUAAUUAUAUUCAAAUGAAACCUCACGAUUGGUAUCAUGGUAGAAUUUCUCGUGCUGAUGCAGAAAGAUUGUUAAUCACCCAACAUGAAGGAGCUUUUCUCAUAAGGGUCAGUGAAAGUUCACCAAGUGAUUUCUCUCUUUCGGUAAAGUGUGGUGAUUAUGUUCAACAUUUUAAAGUUCUUCGUGAUACUCAGGGUAAAUUUUUCCUCUGGGUGGUUAAAUUUAAUUCACUUAAUGAAUUGAUUGAAUAUCAUCGAUCUGCCUCAGUCUCCCGAUCCCAAGAUAUUAAACUAAGAGAUAUACAAAUACCAUCUGAUGAGAUACUAGUACAAGCCAUGUAUGACUUUACACCACAAGAAAAUGGUGAGCUUGGUUUCAAGAGAGGUGAUGUUAUCACGGUUACCGAUAAUUCAGAUCAAAAUUGGUGGGAAGGUGAAAUUGAAGGACGAAAAGGAUAUUUUCCUGCUACUUAUGUUGAACCUUAUCAACAAAUGUCAUGAAAACCCUGAACCAGAAUGAGAAGAAAAUAAAAGAAAAUAAGAGAGAAAACGA